GGCUUCUUCUUCUUUAGCCCCCGCCUUGUUCACUUUCAAAGUUUACUCGGGGCCGGGACCUGCAGCGGAAGCGAGACAUGGCUGUCUACCUCGGGAUGCUGCGCCUCGGGAGGCUGUGUACCGCGAGCCUGGGGGCGCAGGGACCCCGGACGCUGCUCUCUCGGCCUUUGCAGAACUUGAAGUUACACUGUGUCCGUGCUCUCAGCUCUGGAGCGGUGAAUUGCACCAAUCCCUUGCCCAUCGGAGGCCUCAGUUACAUUCAGGGCCACACCGACUCCCACCUUGUCAACACGACUGUGGGUGGAUGCCUGGAUGCCACAGCACAGAAGUUCCCCAACAGAGAGGCUUUGGUUAUCCUCCACGAAAACAUCAGGCUGAACUUUGCACAGCUCAAGGAGGAGGUGGACAAAGCUGCUUCUGGUCUCCUGAGCAUUGGCCUCCGCAGGGGUGACCGGCUGGGCAUGUGGGGGCCCAAUUCCUAUGCAUGGGUGCUUAUUCAGUUGGCCACUGCCCAGGCAGGCAUCAUCCUGGUGUCUGUGAACCCAGCCUACCAGGCCUCAGAACUGGAAUAUGUCUUAAGAAAGGUAGGCUGCAAAGCCCUCGUGUUCCCUAAGCAAUUCAAAACCCAGCAAUAUUACAACAUCCUGAAGCAGAUCUGUCCUGAGCUGGAAAAGGCCCAGCCAGGGGCCUUGAAGAGUGAGAGGCUCCCAGAUCUGACCACAGUCAUCUCAGUGGAUAGCCCUUUGCCAGGGACCCUGCUGCUGGAUGACGUGGUGGCCAUCGGCAGCAAGGAGCAGAAUCUGGCCCAGCUGCGGUACCACCAGCAAUUCUUGUCCUGUUACGACCCCAUCAACAUCCAGUUUACUUCGGGGACCACUGGCAGCCCCAAGGGGGCCACUCUUUCCCACCACAACAUUGUAAACAACUCCAACCUGAUAGGCCAGCGGCUAAAGUUGCACACGAAGACUGCCGAGGAGCUGCGGUUGGUCCUGCCCAGCCCCCUGUACCACUGCCUGGGCUCCGUGGGGGGCACCAUGGUGUCUAUGAUGUAUGGUGUCACUCUCCUCCUGUCUUCUCCAAGCUUCAAUGGCAAGAAGGCGCUGGAAGCCAUCAGCAAAGAGAAAGGCACCCUCCUGUAUGGCACCCCCACGAUGUUUGUGGAUGUUCUGAAUCAGCCGGACUUCUCCACUUAUGACUUCUCAUCUAUACGUGGAGGUGUGAUUGCUGGGUCCCCAGCACCCCCGGAGUUGAUCCGAGCCAUCAUCAACAAGAUGAACAUGAAAGAGCUGGUGGUUGUUUAUGGAACCACAGAGAACAGUCCCGUGACCUUCAUGAACUACCCCGAGGACACCCUGGAGCAGAAGGCUGAAAGCGUGGGCAGAAUUAUGCCUCAUACGGAGGCCCAGAUCGUCAACAUGGCGACAGGGGAGCUGACCAAGCUGAACACGCCGGGGGAGCUGUACAUCCGAGGCUACUGCGUCAUGCAGGGCUACUGGGACGAGCCACAGAAGACCUUUGAGACGGUGGGACAGGACAAGUGGUAUCGGACAGGAGACAUCGCCACGAUGGAUGAACAGGGCUUCUGUAAGAUCGUAGGCCGCUCCAAGGACAUGAUCAUCCGGGGCGGUGAGAACAUCUACCCUGCAGAGCUGGAGGACUUCUUCCACAAACACCCACAGGUGCAGGAAGUGCAGGUGGUGGGAGUAAAGGACGCGCGGAUGGGAGAGGAAAUCUGUGCUUGCAUCCGGCUGAAGAGUGGCGAGACCACCACAGAGGAGGAGAUCAAAGCCUUCUGCAAAGGGAAGAUCUCCCACUUUAAGAUUCCCAGAUACGUCGUGUUUGUGGACAGCUAUCCUCUCACUAUCUCAGGGAAGAUCCAGAAAUUCAGACUCCGAGAGCAGAUGGAACAACAUCUAAAACUGUGAAGCAAAAGAGGGACCUCCCAGAGCCCCUCAGUCCUCCCACACAAAGGAGGGUCCUCCCAGAGCCCCUCAGCCCUACCACACAAAGGAGGGACCUCCUCAGCCCUCAGCCCUCCCACACAAAGGAGGGUCCUCCCAGAGCCCCUCAGCCCUCCACACAAAGGAGGGUCCUCCCAGAGCCCCUCAGUCCUCCCACACAAAGGAGGGUCCUCCCAGAGCCCCUCAGACCUCCCACACAAAAGAGGGUCCUCCCAGAGCCCCUCAGUCCUCCCACACAAAGGAGGGUCCUCCCAGAGCCCCUCAGACCUCCCACACAAAGGAGGGUCCUCCCAGAGCCCCUCAGUCCUCCCACACAAAGGAGGGUCCUCCCAGAGCCCCUCAGUCCUCCCACACAAAGGAGGGUCCUCCCAGAGCCCCUCAGCCCUACCACACAAAGGAGGGACCUCCUCAGCCCUCAGCCCUCCCACACAAAGGGGGGUCCUCCCAGAGCCCCUCAGUCCUCCCACACAAAGGAGGGACCUCCCAGAGUCCCUCAGCCCUCCCACACAAAGGGGGGUCCUCCUAGAGCCCCUCAGUCCUCCCACACAAAGGAGGGACCUCCUCAGCCCUCAGCCCUCAGCCCUCCCACACAAAGGAGGGACCUCCUCAGCCCUCAGCCCUCCACACAAAGGAGGGUCCUCCCAGAGCCCCUCAGCCCUCCACACAAAGGAGGGUCCUCCCAGAGCCCCUCAGACCUCCUACACAAAGGAGGGACCUCCCAGAGCCCCUCAGUCCUCCCACACAAAGGAGGAUCCUCCCAGCCCUCUCAGGCUCUCCUGAGCCCUCCCCAUGCCCCUUGUCAUCUUGAGGACUUGGCAUAAAGAGUCCCCUGUUUGGCCAGUGUCUGGUUGGUGUGCUCUCUGCAGCUCCUGUGGGGUGGAGAAGGGAAGAGAGGAAAGGAGCCAGCUCCUUCAGAUCAGCCCUCCAGGCCCUCUGCUGGACAUUACCUACUUAAUCUAAGCCGCACCCUGUCCCCUGGAAAUCCCAAGGCCUUCCUUUUUCUUGUCUUUCUUUGUGUGUGUUGGUUUGAGACUGGAUCUCCCUGUGUAGAUUGUACUGGGAUUCACUAUGUAGACCAGGCUGGUUUUGAACUCACAGAGAUCUCAUUGCUUCUGCCACUGGAGUGCUGGGAUCAAAGUCGUGUGCCACCAUGCCUGCCUUAAUUUUUGUUUUUUGUAAGCGUUACUCAUUAAUUGUUGUUCAAAUUGUUGCUACAGAUUAGUCCAGAAAUAAAUAUUGCUGUGUUUCCCCCCCAGCACUGAGAAUCGUAAAGCCCCUCACAGGAUAGAUAAGGACUUUUCCACUGACCUACACUCCCAGCCCAAUAAUUAUGCAUUUUUUUUGAAAUAACAGAUUUGAGGGCUGGAGAGAUGGCUCAGUGGUUAAGAGGACUUGCUUCUCUUGCAGAGGAUUUGAGUUUGAUUCUCAGCAUCCGCAUUGGGCAGCUCACAACCACCUUAACUCCGCGGCUCCAUAGAACUGCAUGCCUUCUUCUGACCUCUGAGGGCACGCCCCCCCCCACGUGAUAUAUACUUACACAGACUCAUGUAAAUAAAUAAAAAUAAAUCUGUAAAAUAA